UUUGCACUUUCUCACAUUGUAAAGUAAAUACCGACAACAGUAAAAAAGGCUUGUAUUUCAACGAGAAGAACUAGCAUAUGAAUGUUUAAUGUAGGCGCAUAUUUUCCCAGUAUAAUUAUGUAAUAAUAAGUGUCUGUGGUGGGGUAAUAUUUAUUGGCGAUAAUCGAAGAACAAACACACAAUACAGAUAAUAAGGACACUUUACAUAUUUGAUUUAUUUACAAAUUGAUAGAUACCCACGGUCUCAAGUCGUAAUUUUGUCAAUUAAAUGACUCACCAUUUGAUUUUUGUCAAAAUAUUAUAACAUAACCCCGGUAUACUAGUGUUAUAUUCAUAAAAUGUCAUAAUCUUUCAAACAAAAAUAUCCCCUGCGUGGAAUAAAACGGCAUUAAAUGUACAUUUAGAACGGUUGAAUAUUGUGUGAAGUGUCUAUACUGUUUUGCACAAUUAUGUAUUUGGAUCUGCAAUGUUAUGUGCAUGUUACAUUGUACUUUAAUGGACAGAAUAAUACUCUUUGCUAGAUUUCUCACGAGUAUAAUUCAUUUGACGGAUAUUCACAAAUCCUACGUUUGUAAUAUACUUAAAUAUCUGUAUCGCGUAAAUUACAGCUGAUAUAUCUGUCGGCAUUUCUUCACAUGAUGCAACUAAUUCGGAUAAUGCAUUCGUUUUUAUUGUGCGAUACUUUAGGGAAACAGUAUUUGUGAUUUGUUACGAUUAGAGGGAAUAAUUAUGUAUACUCUUUAUAAUACUUUGACAUGACUGUAUGACGAGUGUAUGAUCAAAGGGAGAUAAUCCGAUUAAAUGUAGUGUAAAGAUGCGAACAAGUGAUCGCAAUAGGUCAUUUGUUGAAUAUGAUAAGAUUGUUCUUAAAUAUUACAGAUUUUUGAAAUACGUAACAGCAUAAAAAUAUAGAUACCCUAUGGUAAUAGAUAUAAUCUUACUAAUGAAAAACAUAAACUGAAAUGAAAAUUGUAAGCAAAAUGAUAAUUAUUUCUGACAAUUUGAAAAUAGCUGUAGGGUGUUCUUUAACAGUUAGUGGUAAAAACGAACACUCGUCCAAACGUUCAAUCAUUUUUACAGCUGAAGGGCCCGGCUUGACUUUUACAUAAGUUGCAAUGUUAAUAUUUUUAUUUGGGAGACAGUUGUCUUAAGUAUGAUUUAGCUACUGAUAGGAGUAUUUGUGACGAUAUUUCGCGCAUUUGGAUCCAUUAACUUUAAAACUUUAGAUAUGUAAAUAUGUGGAAAUAUUCAGAUUAAAAUGUAUUUAUUUAUAUUUAUUCUGCUGCCUUUUCUUGUGGAUUGUAAACAAUUUUCCGUCUUGCCUAUAGACGGUGGUUGGAGUGCCUGGAGUCAGUGGUCCGAGUGUUCUGCAACUUGUGGACCGGGGGAGCAGAGUAGGUAUCGGAUGUGCGACUCUCCGACACCCAACUUUGGUGGCGCUUUCUGUCAUGGAGACAGUAUACAACGGAAGGAUUGUGACCAGUUCUGCCCGGAUUCAAUACCAAUGACCCCUCUCCAUACACCAAAGGUCGACAGCGCAUGCGCCUGUGGAUGCCAUAUGACGAGGGAACAGGGUGAAAUUAUUGCCAGUGGUCGUUGCACUGGAACAUCGAAAUGGCUUAUCUCACUACAGAAGAAUUACGUCAUAAAUCUUAGCUUCAGUUAUCUCAGUUUCUACCAGGAUAAACAAUGGGUCAAAGUUCGAAACGGUGGUACCCCUGAUUCGGACCUUAUCGCAUUCACUGACGGGCGUACUAAUAUUUACCAUGUGACGUCAACAACAAAUCAAAUGCUUAUUGAGUUCUACACGGAGCCUGAUAGCAGCGGAGGAAACACAAAUCUUGCCAUUUACCCGCUCAAACCAGAGAAACAAAUACAUGUUCAUGGCUUUAUUGCAAAGUUUACAUCCAAUAUCACUGACAUAAAUGCGAUGCCCGUGUCUGCUGAACCUGUUCGGAAUUCUCGGGAACCUUCCAUUUGGGAGAGUACAGUCACCAUAGUCGGAAUUGCGUUAUGUGGCCUUGUUGUCAUCGCAGCACUGUCAUUCGUCAUCUACCAUCGAAUGUGCCAUUACCGUCAACACAAAUACGCUAUGGCGGCUCACGAGGAGAGUCCAAAGCGCAUGUGCAAGAGUACGAGCAUGAGCAGUCCGAGUCACGAAAGUCAUCAUGGGAUUGAAAUUGAACACGACAUGGAAAUGCCUUUAACUGGAAUACAUAACGGUGCAGAUAAAAAACGAGCAAAGACUCCGGGUUCCACACGAUCUAAGGGAUCGCUUACAAGUACGUGUUCAAAUAAAGGAAAGAAAUUACGAACUAAAGCCGAUGUAGAGCACGGCGGCAGUUGCCGUGCUAGUCCGCUCACGCCAAAUAGAGAUUAUUGUCAAGUUCCGCAAGAUGGUAGUCCCCGCAGAAAACACAGAGUUCACGAACUGACUCAAGAAAGUGAAAAUAAUAUGAGUUUAUUUAGAACUAGUCCUUUAACGAAACCCAAGGUGCCAAGGUCACCAAAAGUUCAUCCGUCUCCUAAACUAAAGAAACAAAAAUCAGUGACUUCACCAACAAAUGAAGAUUGUGAUACCUUACGGACUAAACAUGAUAUGCUGUCUAAACGUUUUGGCAGCUUGGAACGGGAAAAUCAGAGAGUGGUGAUGGGGUCAGAUCAUACCCCGACAAACAGUGUGAAAUCCCCACCGUCGGAUAGUAGUAGAACCGAAUGUGAGACGCCGACGAAUAUUGACAAUGGCGUUAUUUAUCGAAAUCACGCACGGUUUAAAAACAGUUUACAAAGUGAUAAGAAUAACCAUCGAGACCAUCCGAAUGAUAUUACAUUAACUGAACUAACAAAAUCAGAAAGAGACAAUGAUCGAAAACCGGCGUCGGGAACGUCCGACGACUCAGCGUCGGCUGAAAAAGAAACUGGGUCAAAUAUGACAACGUCUUUUAUUGAGAAUGGUACAAAACCCCGGAGACCUACCUCUCUUACUGAAAGUUACAGUAAAAUGAGUAUCGCCUCGGCUGUCAGCAGAGGUAGCAUAGAGGGCGCCAGAAAUGGUAUAGAAAGCUCAAAAGACAAACUAUCUGUAACAUCGAGUGAUGAUAGGCAAAAUGCGCUGCCUAAACCAGAUGGGCAAAGUCCGAAAUCUCAAAGACUUGAAACAGUAAAAGUUGAGCCCAAAAACUCCUCGCCAACUAAAACAUCCAAAGCUUCCACACCACGUAGUGUUCGUAGUGUAAAAAGUGAUACAACAGACAAUAGUAAUAACACAAAGUCACCGGCUAGAAGUAUUAAUACGCCUUCUGACGUUAUUGAACUGGAAUAUGAUGAUUUUAUAGACAUGGAUGAUACAUAUUCAUAUUUUGAUCCCAUUGUAACAGAACAAUUAACAUUUCACGGUGUGGAGAGGGUGGCCGUUAAAACACCCAAAACACCAAAACAAGAAAACUAAGAGAAUUCGUUCCGUCACUCCGUAUGUACGACGGACAAAAUAAAUUCAGGUAUAGGGCGUGUACUACUGUUGUUAAAGAUGAUUACAUUCAGGGUGCAAUACAAUUUUGCCAUAAUAACACCUUCUCAUCAUUCAUUUGAUCAUACAAAUUCCAUUAUUUUUCUAUGCUUGACACCAGAGAAAGAAUAUAUUAUGUCAAGAAAUGGAAGGAUAGUCAUCUGUAAGACCAUUUGGCGUCAAGGGGCUCCCAAUGAAUACUCAAAAUGUUUAUUAGACAUUUUUUUUUCAAAAGGUAUUAUAUAAUCUUGGAGAACAUUUAAUGGGGGACGCUGUAGAAGUAUUUGAUUUGACCAUAAAUAAUACUGAUCUCAUAUCAUAUUGUGCAACACUAAUGUAUUGUGACCAAUUUCAUAUGAGGAGUUAAUUAUGAAAGGUUGUACCAAUUUUGCAAAAGGCAGCUCUGUCAUUUUAUCAUAGAUCUGAAGGUUUAUAUUUUUGUGGUGUUAUAUAACGUUAUAUACAAUAGUGCCAUGAAUAUUCAUUGCCAUAAAGUCAUGUCAUCAUUACGUCGCUAGAUGUCGCUUCAGCACAAUUUUUAUCAUAUUGAAAACAUUGAAAAUUGCGUCAGCAAAGAAGAAAUGAUGAUAAAUUAAAAACUGAUUUGAAAUUUCGGAUGGGCAAGCCGUAUAUAUUUGUGUUCUAUCAGGCCGAACCGUAUAGUAGUAUUUUGUUCCGUCAUCCAUUACAUUUACCAUGACAACUAUUCAUUUAUAUAGCAGACAUGUUCAAAGGUUGUACUUACAAACUCAUAUUGUGCACAGUAUUAUUGACGACAUCACUUUGAUGUUUGUGUUAUGUCUUAGAUCAGACUAGGCAUUUUUAAUUCCAUUUGUUUCAUUCCAAAGUAGCUUGUUUAAUGUGCAUGUAGUCCUCUAAGCUCAAAAUAUUAGAUCGGUUGAUAUAAAGUGGUUUUAAGUAUCUAUUACGAAAUUUGACUGCGACCCAAUGAGAAACCGCACAGUAAUAAAAUUGAUGGAAUAUAAGCGGGUCUUCAGUUGCCAGACUCGCCUUGAGACAUGAUCGGCGGAGCUACACGCACUCGCACCCAUAAUUGAAUUGUGGCUAUUCCAUUCUUCUGUUAGAAAAGACCAUUAUAUCUUUACUUUGUUUAGCGUUUGCAUCUGUUUAUGUACAUGUACAGUGUAAUCAUUAUUUCAUGUCGUUUUAGCUUUAACGUGUUAUUUAUUAUUUUCGAUAAUUGUUUUUAUAUGAUGUUGUUGUAUAUUUUGUUAUUGUAUGAGAUUUCCGUUCUUUUGGAGACACAAACUAAUAAAAACUCCGAAAACUUA